AUGGAUCAUACUGCAGCUGUACAGGAAAUCUCUGCGCGGGUAGCGGACUUCCACAGUCGCCAGGAACCGUUUCGUAUAUAUCAUGGUGCCACCAACAGUACUCGGCCCUCCAACCGAUCUCUUUCCAACACGGUCAGCACAGAGCCUCUCACCCGAGUCCUCGAGGUCGAUAUCAAUCGAUGUACAGCUAUAGUCGAGCCCAAUGUCUCUAUGGAUGCUCUGGUGGCUGCCACCAAGGCCCACGGUUUGGUCCCUUUGGUGGUCGUCGAAUUCCCCAACAUCUCGGUUGGGGGCGGAUUCUCGGGGACAUCGGGGGAGAGUAGCUCUUUCCGCGAGGGAUUCUUCGAUCAUACAGUCAAUUGGAUUGAAAUGGUCCUGGCAGAUGGUCAGGUGGUGAAAGCAUACAACGACCGCGUCGAGACGGGAUCGGAACUGGCGGAUAAACACUCAGACUUGUUCUGGGGCACCGCAUCUUCCUUCGGGACCUUGGGAGUGGUCACCCUAUUGGAAAUUCGAUUGAAAAAGUCACAGCCAUUGGUGGAACUGAAAUACUAUGUCAAUUCCAAUAUGAAGGACGCGGUGCGUGCCUUUGAAGAGGCUAGCGCUGAUCCAAGCACUGAAUAUCUGGACGGAAUCGUCUAUGCACGGAACAAGAUUGUCGUUUGUGCUGGAAAACAAGUUGAACAAAGAUCUGAAGUAAAGCCUCGAUACUUUACUCGCCGACAAGACGAUUGGUUCUAUUUGCACGUCGAACGAAUUGCUCAAUCCAAGACCUCCAACAUCUCCGACCGAGAGAGUUCCCCUCGCAUGCCAGAUGCAGUGGACUACAUUCCUCUCACUGACUACCUUUUCCGUUACGAUCGAGGUGGUUUCUGGGUUGCCCGUUAUGCUUUUCGUUACUUCUGUGUUCCCUUCACCUUUCUUACGCGCUGGCUUCUCAACCGAUUCAUGCACACCCAGGUGAUGUAUCACGCCCUACACGUCAGCGGGCUUGCGCGUCGAUACAUCAUCCAAGAUGUCGGCGUACCGAUAUCCACUGCUGCCGAGUUCCUAGACUGGCUGGACCGCCCUGAAAACUUUGGCCAAUUUCCGCUUUGGCUCUGUCCACUACCACCAGGAAGUGCCGGUGGGUUGGAAGGACAGCCUGCAGAUGGCGGCAAGGGAGUCAAUGUAGAUGCACAGAGGACACAACUCCUCAAUUUUGGAAUCUGGGGGCCUGCCGCUACCACGGAUGAGGCCGGUUUCGUGGCUCAAAAUCGACAACUUGAACACAAGGUCCACAGUCUUGGAGGAAAGAAAUGGCUAUAUGCACAUACUUACUAUACAGAGGACGAGUUCUGGUCCAUCUAUAACAAGCCCGGUUAUGAUUCUCUUCGGGCAAAAUACCAUGCACAGCAUCUUCCAUCCCUGUAUGAAAAGGUCCAAGUGCGUGAAUCUGAUCUUCCUGGUCCACAUCGGGGAGAGUUCGAGAGUGGGUGGAAGGGAUCGGUCAAACGUGCACUGUGGGACGUCUGGCCAUUUUGUGGUCUUUACGGGGUUUAUAAGGCCUGGAGAGGAGGAGACUAUCUGCUGCAAAAAGAGAUUCCCAAGAAGAAGGCCGAUUGA